AAAUCGCACACGGACUCUGCGAUAACCUCUUAACCUCUCUGCUUCAUGUGCUGGCAGCCUGGCACCUACGACGCUGACUUACAUAUUCACAAUUCACAGCAAUGAACACGCUGGACGAACAUCCGCUUACAGUAGAGCAUACGCGCAUUGUCCGAGAUGUUGUGCGGUAUCAAAUUGCUGGGCCAAUUGCAAAGGAUAUUGUAUGUGGGGACGUCGGAUUUCCGUCGCAAAUGAACCUAAAUCGCGUGUCUUUCGCACCUCGCCCAAUGCGUUCGAUCGGACAUCGACAUAAAACCAAUGAUCACAAGUUGCCAUUCUAUCGCAACAAUACACCGACAAGACGGCGCUAUAGGCACUUCGCCUUAAGAUGUUUUGUUUCAGUGCUGCCGUCUUCAGCUUUGCAGCGCAGGUGCCCAUCAGAUGUUAGUUGGAUUUUUACAACAUGCCUCUCGAAAGGCGGUUGCUCUUACAGGAUCUUGUAUCAACAAGAAUCCUCUCGAAGCUGUACACGACAGCAUGCUAUUCGAAUACGUCAUCACCGAGGAUCUCUCGAAGGCGAUAGAUCUUAUGUGAGAGUAAAUCAAGGAGUACAGGAUUAUUUCAAAUCUUGAGCACGCGAUAACACGCUCGAAUAUAACAGCCUAUAUAUCUAUUAGGCAGGGCUGAUCAUGACCAGUUCGAAUACGUCAUCAUGAUAUUUCUCGAAAGGCGAUA